AGGAAGAACAGUUCAGGAAGAACCCUGGGAGAUGGUGUGUUUAUAUUGAUCGUGUUUUAUAAAGAUCUCAUCUGAUGAAACAUUGUCCUGUUCCUCAUCGAAGAUCACUUUCAUUCCUGUCAUAACAUUAGAGAUGGACCAGAAGAAGACGGUUAUUGUGACAGGUUUUGAGCCUUUUGGAGAACACACUGUUAAUGCCAGCUGGGUGGCAGUACAGGAGCUGAAGAAACUGGGUUUGGGUCACGAUAUAAACCUUCAUGUUGCUGAAGUACCUGUAGAAUAUCAGGCGGUCCAGACUCUUCUACCUUCACUAUGGAAGCAACACCUGCCACAAUUAGUGGUCCAUGUUGGAGUUUCUGGAAUGGCCACCACGGUGACACUCGAAGAGUGCGGUCAUAACCAUGGUUACCUGCGUGUUGACAACUGCAGUUUUUGUCCUGAGUCUCGUUGCUGUAUUGAGGGGGGGUCGGACUGCAUUCAUUCUGUCAUAGACAUGGAUGCUGUGUGCAGGAGAGUCAACUCCUCUGGGCUCGGAGUCACUGUGUCUGUAUCAAAGGAUGCAGGCAGAUAUCUUUGUGAUUACACCUAUUACACGUCGCUGUACCUGAGCAAGGGCAGAUCUGCGUUUGUGCACGUCCCUCCCCUUGGGAAGCCCUACAGUGCAAAGGAGCUUGCGCACGCCCUCAGGGCCGUUGUUCUGGAGAUGCUGGAGCUGAUGGAGCACAACGACGGGAGGAAAUACUGCCUGCACGAUCAAUGAGACCUCGCUAAACAUGUACCAUCGAGUUGGAUUCAGGGGUCCUUACACAUUCAGUGUCUUAACUUGUGUGCUACAUUAAAAGAGCAUUCAGCUGGUUUGAGAUACACCCUGUAUUUUAGACUCGAUCCAACAGUUGUUCUCAAACAGGAUAGGAAGCACUUUUGUGGGGUAUACUUGAAACAUGCAGGGAUUGGCAUUGUGCAUGGAGUCCUUUAAAAGCUCUUAAAGGUACAGUUCAUCUAAAAGGGAAAAUUCUGACUCUUUUUUUUUUUUUUUUUUCUUACGCUUCACAGGUUCACCUCGAAUAUAAUUACAACAAAUGGGGGGCGUAUAUUAUGCGUAUUUGGCGUGCUGUCCAGGGGAGAGGGCUCCAAGCUCGGUGGUUCCUCUGAACUCGGAGCAUACGCUCCUUGUGCAGGGAGAGGGCCCCUGGUCUGGUGUUUACCCGGACUCAGGUCGUUUCCCGCUGUUAUACUGCGGUAAAAUAGGCUGAUGGUGAGGAGUUGGGGUGGAGGAGGGAUGCUGCGAAAAUGUAGAGAGAAUGAGGGCUGGUUAAAUUUGGUUAAAUUUGUUAAUAAAACAUAAUUUGUGGAACACAUAAAGUGACAAUGAUGGCUGCUUGUGUAAUGUGAAUGGGGACUGUGACUGUCGGGCUUUAUGGUGCUUUUAUGGAUUGUUUUAAUUUGGGACCUCGACAGCCUCAGACCCCAGUCACUUUUACUAUAGAGGAGUGACCAGUGUAUUUUUAGACAAUAAAAGUCAGCCAUGAAUUUGGAACAAAUAA